AUUUAGAACAUAUAGAUCCGUAACUCACGAUGUCCCAUAGUUUUUUUAGUCGAGAAGUAGUGUUGGGAGUGUUGGCUACAUGUGCAGGUAUAACAGUUGGAGCGAUACUUUAUAAAUCAGUCCAUCGAAAAAGAGUUUACAAGUCUGUGGGCACGUUAUCGAGAAUUUUUGUACAUCCCGUGAAAUCGUGCCGUGGUUUACAGCUCCAGAAUGCGUACUGCAGUAAAGUGGGACUGGUAUGUGGCGUGCUCAAGGACAGGCAUUGGAUUAUUCUGAAUGAAGAGAAUCAAUUUCGGGGCAUUAGCCACGAGCCAACCAUGGCCUUAAUAUCACCGACCGCUUCCGAAGAUGGCCGAUAUUUACUAUUGGACGCCCCAAAUAUGUCGAGGCUUGAGGUGCCUAUUGAUACCAACACACUACCAGAACACGAAAGGAAAACUAUUAGCUUCAGGUUGUGGAGACAGAAUGCUCAAGGUAAAUACUGUGGGGCGAAAGCAGAGCAAUGGUUGACGCAAUAUUUUGGGAAGCCGAUGAAACUAGUACAUGGUGACGAUGAUAAUCUUAUACGGCGCGAAAUAGGGAAGGCUAGGCCUCCUAUACAACUUGGAGAGGAGGGUGACUGCAUGGUGUAUCAAGAAGACGCCAGUUAUAUGCUGCACAGCCAGGCGUCUUUGGCAGACCUCAAUAGCAAAAUGCAAGAACCAAUCACUGACAGAAAUCUGAGACCCAACUUUGUUGUAUCCGGAAGAGAUGCGUAUGAUGAGGAUAAAUGGAAGUACGUGAAGAUUGGCGAAGUCGUGUUGAGACGAGUGAAACUGGAUGAACGUUGUAAAGUUACUACUGUCGACCCGGAGACUGGGAUAGUGUCCGAAAAGAACGAGCCCAUUGCCACGCUGAAAACAUACCGUAUGUGUAAAGAGGAAGACCGUCCAUUGUACCAUAACUGUCCUUUAUUUGGUGUUCACUAUGCCAUUGAUGUUGUUGGAAGAGUCAACAUAGGCGACACAGUUUAUGUCGUAUAUGGAUAACGUCUCUGUGAUGUUAUAAUACAGACGAUGUAUCAUUCAUUGAAAUUAGAAAUAUUGUAACACAUUUGAUUAUGUAAAUAAUUAAGUAAAAAUUGUUUACUGCGUUGAAUA